AUGGACGUCCUUCUCUCCCUGCCCAUCGUCUCCUACUUCGCCGCGCCGAUGCUGACCUCGUGGUCGACCUCGAUCAACCUGCUCUUCUUCUACAUGACAUGGACGACCCUCGUCCUCAGCCACUCGCCGCUGAAAAUCGAGCUCGUCGGCACGCUCGCCGUGCGUAUAGUCUUCUGGCUCGUGCCCGCGCUCCUUUUCCUGCUCCUCGACACCGGCGUACCGAGCCUCGCCGAGUCGAUUAAACACUACGGCACCCCGUCCCUACCACGCCGACACGCCGCGACCCUAUCGCGCCAGGUCGUCUUCGCAGUGGUCAACCUCGCGCUUGCCAGCGCGCUGCAGGCCGGCAUCUCGAUCGCCGCCGCGAAGUUCCUGCAGCGCCCGCUCUUCAAGACGAGCACGACGCUUCCGCUGCCGUGGCAGAUCAUCAAGCACAUCCUGUCGCUGUACACGGCGCGCGAGGUGUUGACGUAUUACAUCCACCGGUACAUCCUACACGCGAAGGGCGGUACCAUCGCGAAGUUGCACUCGCAGUACGCGCACGCUCAGAAGGGCGCCGCGCCCUACGCGAUCAUGCUAUACGCGGACCACCCCAUCCCACUCAUGCUAAACCGCCUGCUCCCGGUCUACCUGCCGGCGCUGGUAAUCCGCCCGCACCUGCUGACGUACCUCCUCUUCACCAUCCUGACCACCAUUGAGGAGAUGCUUUCCAUGUCCGGCUACAGCGUUGUGCCGGGCAUCUUCAUGGGUGGCAUCGCGCGGCGUACUGCGUCGCACUACGCCAGUCGUGGGAAGGGCAACUACGGCGCCUGGGGACUGCUGGACUGGAUCAACGGGACGAGCGUCGGGAAGGAUGUCAUUGAGGAUAUCCAGGACGAGGCGGACAAGCACCAGGUCCAGGGGCGGGGACAGAAGGCUAUUAGCGAUACGGGUAGCAUGAUGCAGGAUGGCAUUGAUGGGUUGCAGAAGGGACGCAAGGGACGCAAGAAGAGAUCGGAUGAGUGA